AUGACGGCACCAACGGACGACAAACCGAUGGUAUCCGCUAACCCAACGGAUGGGAAACCGAUGGAAAUUCUGAAACCGAUGGGAGUUGCAAGCCAACGCAACGGCGACAAGAGGAGAGCAGCGGGAGAAGUGGCGCGUGGUGCAGUGGGGCUGUCAACGGUGAUGGCCACGACAGUGACGAAGGAGAAGCCGACGGCGGAGGAUCGAGGGGAUGACGGCGGCGGUGCGCAGACUCGGCCGAGCGACGGGGCAGAGGGUGAAGCUGGACCUAUGCCGUCCGAAGUGGGUUGCGUGGAACCCCUGGUUCAAUCCUCCGAUGAGAAGGAAGCGGGGGAGAAAGACGCGAGUGCGCAGGUCGUCGUCGAAGUAGAGGCUCGUGGCGAGGGCAGUCAUGGAGCUAUUGUCGAAGAGCCGAGGCCUAGUGAUAGCGAAGUCGGCAAGGACGACAACGGCUGGAGCGUCAACGGGGAGGAUCAAACCGGCAGGUACGGUGUAACGAUGGCUGUGAACGACGAGGAUGGGGUUGCGAGCGCGGCUUACACGAUCGGAGACGUGAUGAUGGAUGGAGAGGUGGAGUGGCAGCCAGGUGAAGAAGUUGAAAUGGUGGUGGUGGGUAAACCGACAGGGCAGCCGAAGGGGGACGAACCCGAGGGAGCCGCAGGGUAG